AUACUUCCGCCCAUGCUUUUGAUCUCAUCAUAUGCGCGCAAACUGCAUGCUUCCCUCUUUUCUGCGCUAUCAUUUCUCGCUUGCCAUUGUGCGACAUCUAUCCUGAUACAACUUUUCACAUACAGCCAACAUGAAGAUCACGACAAAGGAGGAAGAGCAGGAGCACUACAAUGCAACGCUCAAAGGAGGUUUCGGAGGCGGCGCUGCUGGUCUCGCAGCGGGCGCAUUGGGUGUCUACGCCGCUUCAGCACGUUAUCCAGCUUUUCGAAGCUUGACAUUGCCUUUUCGCGCAUUCCUGGUCAGCUCCGCCGGAACGUUCGCCGCCAUCAUCGGAGCAGACUCCUACUCGAGACGAUUCGAAGCUUCACGACAGCCCGGGCGAGACUACCAAGAUGAGCAGUCGUCAUUACAAGAGCAGCUCGAUGCUCAACGAACGCAGAGUGAGAAGGUCAAGGCCUGGCUUUCGGACAACAGAUAUAGCCUCGUUAUGGGAUCAUGGGUUGCAUCGAUCUCUGCUGCAAUGGGAAUCGUUGGAAAGAAUCCAUAUUUGUCAACACAACAAAAGCUUGUACAAGCGCGUGUGUACGCCCAAGGUUUCACGCUCGCGGCUGUUAUCAUCAGUUUGGCCUUUGAAGGAAAUGAUCGCAUGAAGGGCAGCGGCAGAUGGGAGACUGUCAAGGUUUUGGACCCCAACGACCCCACACACAAGCACAUGAUCGAGAAGAAGAUCCAUCACGAGCGAUAUGCUGGCGAGGAUCAAUGGAUGGAUAUGGUGGAGGCUGAGGAGCAAAGAAUGAAGGAGCGCGAGCGCGCUGUCAAGCAGCGUGAGCAGCUCACCAAUGGCAAUGGCAAUGGAAAGGGCAAGAAGAAGGAGCAGCAUCAUGAAGAUCAGCUCAAGGGCAAGCCAGAAGAGUCGAAGGAGGAGAAGCUUAACGCUGCAUGAUUUUGUCUCGCCGGUUCUCAGUCUUUUGGCCGCUGGGAAAAGAUUGUAAAAAUGCAUUAGCGAAUGUGGAGUUAACACGGCGAAGGCAUUGUAUGAAUUUGUUGUAGUAAUAGCUCGAAUAGACCAACAGCAUAGUCUAAAAAGACCGAAGAUCAAUGCAGUGUCUCCAAAUACUACUUCUCACUCGUGCAAUUUCAGCA